AUGGAAAUCUUCAAACUUCUGGGAGAAAAAGAUCAGCUCAAAGUCCAAAUUCAGGGCCUUAUACUGAAAAACCAGCAGCUGGCCGAAGAGUAUGAGGAUUAUAAAGAAAACUUGAGCAGAAAAAUUGGUUCGGAGGAACUUGGGCAGCUGGAGAAACUGAGGCAAGAGAACGAAAGACUCCUCUGCAAGGCUGAGAAAGAAGCUGCGGAGAAAGCAGAGCUUCUAUGUGAGAAUAAUUCUCUCAAAGAAGAACUUAAUAGAAAGAUAGCAGUGAUCUCAAAACUGACGGAAGAAAGUGAAGAGCUCAGAAACAAAACAGAGAUAUUGACUUUCAAAAAUAUCGAACUUACAGAUGAGAAAGAUGAGAUCUUCAGGGCGUACGAACAAAUACUGUGCAGAGAGGAACUACAGAAGAUAUGCCGCUGCACCUUAUUGAGACACGGACACCACAUGGAAGACGAGACAGAAGCUGAAGAGAAAAUGAAGGCUCAAAUGGUGGAAUAUCAAUUGAAUCCAAAAUGGUUGAAAGCUUCGGUAGACAAAAUUAAAACAUCUAAGGAACCCGCAUCAAAUAUUCUGAGGUGGCUGCAGAAAUCUCUCAAACUCCUAAAAGAGGAUUCCUCUGAACGGUCAAAACACACCCUGCCAGAAUGGCUUAAAGCAUCUGCCGCCAACCUCCCGGAGGAAUGUGCUAAGGCAGCCAGGGAGGAUGUGAAUGAUUGGCUACAGACAUCAAUAAAUCAUCUCCAGGAAAAAGGGCCAGGAACGUACGAGUUAGAUGUGGAAAGAUGGCUUCAAGCAUCUAUUAUAGGCAUUCAACAUCUACUAAAGUUCAGGUCAGAGUCUCGUGGAAGCCGGAAGAAAAAGGGAUGGCUUCCUGAAUCAAUAGAAAACCCGAAGAAGGGGACUUCCUCUGGUGACGUCACCGUUCUUAGAGUGAAGGGAAGGAAGCUCUCCUAACUUCUAACUCUAACUCCUUUGUUUGGACUCUUUUUUGAGCACUGUUGAGCCUGAAGGGGUCAACAGAUUAAAGGGGAUACUCUGUAGAUGCUGGGGUGAUAAGGCAAAUCCCCCCACGGAUAGGAGAAACCCCUUAAACGGACAAGGAGAUAUCCUACAAAAGUUCAAGUCAGAGUCUCUUGGAAGCCAGAAAAAAAAGGGAUG